AUGCCACGUCGAAGCGAGUCUUUCUGCACGUCCGAAUUACCCUGCGUCAUUGAAGACCUUGACACGUACUUCUGGAUCUCACGAAAGCGCGGCGAGAUGGGCCCGGAAAUUCGUCGGACUAAGUCUGCGGACCCUGUCCUCCCUUCCGUGCCCCAAGUGGACGGACCGACCGAACAGCGCAAGGCCACCAAGAAAAGUAAGUCGAAGAAGAAGAGUAACAAUAAGAAAAACAAAAACAAGGGAAAAGGCAAAGCUGUUGAGGUUGAGGUCGCGGUCGAGGAUAAUGUUGUUGUUGCUGUCGUUGAUAGUGGCUGUGACGUGGCCAAGGAGGGACAACAACAGAAGCAGACUGAGAACGGCGAUGACCAUCGUGAUGAUGAUGUUGCUGCUACUGAUAGCGCCAUUUCUACUGCUGCUGGUGGUGAAGAAGUCAAGAAUGGUGAUAAUAUGCCUCCACCCUAUUCCAGCGCGGGAGAGGACACAAGCAUUGGCGAGCCUGCCUCUUCGGUGGUGACCAACUCGCCGGUGGCCAGAAUGGCACCGGCCGCCGAAGCAGCUGAACUCAAGGCGAAGAUCUUGGAAGCGAUGAAAAGAAAAGAAAGACUCGAACGCCAAAUCCAAGAGGAACGCAACUCUAGUGCUCAGGCUAGCUCGUCUCAGAGAUCUGUGCCUGCUAAGUCGGAUACUUCGUCCAUUAGCCAGCGACGGCCUGACAGUGGUUGUGUCGACAAUCUUUCGCACGUCAACCGUUCGCAGCACAGUCCAGUGAGUGAGAUGCGUGCCACAGGCAAUCAUUCGCAACCUUCCGCCUCAGUCGUGGACUAUUCUUCUGAAGAGGCUUACUGUCGGGCUCACAUGCGGGCACCUUGCCGCUUUGAUCCAAGCUGCUGUGUUCAUAAGCCCAUUCAAGGAUGCAACUGUCCCCCGAGAUCGUCUUGCUGUUGUUCGCACCACAAAGGCGACUGCUGCACCUGCUUGACAUAUCUCAAUACUGUGUCGGCCAAGAGCGACACUGAGACACCCAGCGAUGUCGGUCAAGGUAUGGAAGGCGGUAGUACGGUUGCUGAACGCAACACUUCGAUUGGAAAGAAAAGCGUGGUAGAUGAAAGAGGCAAGGGUGUGGAUUCACUUUCGACACAUCUCAUUCAGUUGUUCGAAAGUCGUGAGCUAUGCGAUUUUCACUUCAAACUGACGUCGUCGAGCAAUGGCUUGUACCAAUCCACCAUAAUCCCCGUGCAGGUGGCCGUUAUCGCUCGCAGCCCGUUCGUUGCCGCGCUCCUGCGGACCCAACUUUAUCGGGAAGGGUGCCGCGAAAUUGCUGUGACACUGGGCGACCAAGUCAACUUGAUACAGGGAUUCGAGCAAGCUAUUCGCAACCUGUAUGGGGCACCCCUUCUCCACGGCGAGCAGCUGAGAACCGAGGCCCUUGCAGUACUGGGGUACACCGAAGAGUCUCAAAGCAUGUACCCAUUCCCGAUCAGAACAGCCAUGCUCGAUUUGGCCUUUUCGUACGCUGCAUCUGGUGCCUUCCUUCACGUCAAUGGCAUCCUCGAGGCAGGCAUCAGAAUGGCACUGGAGCUGAUCGACUGGAGCACUGUCGAAACAAUCAUCCACUUUGGGCUCCGUGUGGAUAGAUUCUCAAUUAUCCUGGAGGGCACCGAGACUCCUCCGGGCAGUCCUCGCGCCAAUCAUACUCGGUCCGGACAUGUCCUGGUCAGAAACCGACAGCUCCGAGACAUCUGGGCCCCAUUGCUGGUCAGAGCCGCGUUGUCGUUCAUCGCUGAGAGCAUCGAUGACAAGUUCGUCUUGUACUCUCAAGCCCAAAGCCUGCAUGUUCCAAACCGUAUCCCAGAGAGCUUGAACACUGGACCUGGUGCCAUAGGCUCUGAGCCGGGAUCUGCCUCCGCGAACUCAACAACGACUGAGAGCAAGCCAAACCGCGAGACCUUGGUCGCCUCCGCUGUCCUGAUAAGCCUCCCGUUCGUGCAUCUGCAAGAGGUGUUCAGGACUUUGAGUGCACGUCGCGUACUGUCUAACAACCUCGCACAAGCGAUAAUGAGUGAGAGGGAAUCACGACGGCUGCAGGCACUGCGAGAGCUUGGCAAGAAAGGCGAGAUCAAUGAGAAGAACCUCCCCAGUGAGAUGAAGGAGUUGGGCUACGGGGAAUAUCUUGUCUUCAAGAGUGUCUGCAAGCAAGGCCAAGGACCCGUGACGGUGACAACAGAAGUCAGUCUGGAGAGGGAGUGGAUUGGUUGUCGGUCGCCAGACGCCAAACAGUAG